UAGUGUGACUUCCAAACUUCUGGGCUCCGGGCACACCUCAGCAUUUGCCCCCGCCUCCGGGUGGCUCCCAGCUGCCCAGAGGUCGCCCGGGGGCCGGUGGCCGGGAGCGCGCGAGCUCCGGGGCGCAGGCAGGACGCGCGGGUCCGUCGGCGGGAUGAAGCCGUCUUGGCUACAGUGUCGCAAAGUCACCGGCGCCGGGGGGCUCGGGGGGCCCCUGCCUGGGUCCGCCUCGGCCCGCGGAGCCGGCGCGGCGCGCAGGGCUUUGGUGGCCCCGGGCCCUCGGGGAGCUCUUGGGGCCCGUGGUUCCCGGGCAUUGUCGUCCGGGGGCGGCGAGUACAAGACCCACUUCGCCGCCUCGGUGGCCGACCCUGAGAGAUUCUGGGGCAAAGCCGCUGAGCAGAUCAGCUGGUACAAACCCUGGACCAAAACUCUGGAGAACAGACACCCACCGUCCACCAGCUGGUUUGUGGAAGGGAUGCUUAACAUUUGUUACAAUGCCAUUGAUCGUCACAUUGAAAAUGGUAGAGGGGAUAAGAUUGCUAUCAUCUAUGACAGUCCUGUUACAAAUACUAAAGAAACUAUUACCUAUAAGGAAGUCCUGGAGCAGGUCUCUAAACUUGCUGGUGUUUUGGUCAAGUAUGGUAUCAAAAAAGGUGACACUGUUGUCAUCUACAUGCCCAUGAUCCCACAAGCAAUGUAUACCAUGCUGGCCUGUGCAAGAAUAGGAGCUAUCCACAGUCUCAUAUUUGGGGGAUUUGCAUCUAAAGAACUAAGUAGUCGCAUUGACCAUUCAAAGCCCAAGGUGGUUGUUACAGCCUCAUUUGGCAUUGAACCUGGACGGAAAGUAGAAUACAUUCCACUCAUAGAAGAAGCCCUAAGAAUAGGGCAACACAAACCUGACAAAGUUCUCAUUUAUAAUCGUCCAAAUAUGGAUCAAGUUCCUUUGGUGCCAGGUCGUGAUCUUGACUGGGAAGAAGAAAUGGCAAAAGCCCAGUCCCAUGACUGUGUUCCUGUCCUUUCAGAGCAUCCACUGUAUAUUCUUUACACAUCUGGAACAACUGGGUUACCUAAGGGUGUGGUCAGGCCAACUGGGGGAUACGCUGUAAUGCUAAACUGGACGAUGUCUUCCAUAUACGGACUUAAACCUGGAGAGGUAUGGUGGGCAGCUUCUGACUUAGGCUGGGUCGUUGGACAUUCCUAUAUCUGCUAUGGACCUCUCCUGCAUGGGAACCCUACAGUUUUAUAUGAGGGGAAGCCUGUGGGAACACCAGAUGCUGGUGCUUAUUUCCGUGUACUUGCAGAGCAUGGAGUUGCUGCCUUGUUUACAGCACCGACCGCAAUUAGAGCAAUCCGUCAACAGGACCCCGGAGCAGCCCUGGGGAAGCAGUACUCUCUGACAAGGUUCAAAACAUUAUUUGUGGCUGGAGAACGAUGUGAUGUGGAGACCCUGGAAUGGUCCAAGAAGGUCUUCAGAGUACCUGUCCUAGACCAUUGGUGGCAAACUGAGACUGGAUCUCCAAUUACAGCAUCAUGUGUUGGAUUAGGCAACUCUAAAACGCCUCCACCAGGACAAGCAGGAAAGUGUGUUCCAGGAUACAACGUUAUGAUUUUGGAUGACAACAUGCAAAAACUGAAGGCUCGAUGUUUAGGAAAUAUUGUGGUAAAGUUGCCGUUACCACCUGGGGCUUUUUCAGGACUCUGGAAGAAUCAGGAAGCAUUCAAGCAUUUAUAUUUUGAAAAAUUUCCUGGAUACUAUGACACUAUGGAUGCUGGCUAUAUGGAUGAAGAAGGCUACGUGUAUGUUAUGUCUCGAGUUGAUGACGUCAUAAAUGUUGCAGGUCACAGGAUUUCUGCAGGUGCCCUUGAAGAGUCGAUCCUUUCCCAUGGUACUGUUGAAGACUGUGCGGUGGUUGGCAAGGAGGAUGCUUUGAAAGGUCAUGUCCCCUUAGCAAUCUGUGUGUUGAAGAAAGGCAUAAAUGAAACAGAGCAACAAGUUUUAGAAGAAAUCGUGAAACACGUCAGACAGAGCAUUGGCCCUGUUGCAGCUUUUAGAAAUGCAGUGUUUGUUAAACAGUUGCCCAAAACCAGAUCUGGCAAAAUUCCUCGAUCUACCCUAUCUGCCUUAGUGAAUGGCAAGCCAUAUAAUGUAACUCCCACAAUCGAAGACCCCAGCCUUUUUGGGCACAUAGAAGACGUGCUGAAAAAGUCAUCGUGAUUUUUGCUUCUUUUAUGAUUUGGAUUGAGUUGAUUUUAUAAUUGAAAUUAAGUUAUUUGAGGUUUUUUUCUCAGAAAUAAAAAUUUACAUAGAAAUUACUUGUCACUUGAAAUGUGAAAUGUAAAACUUCUAUCGAAUCAAUCCAAUAAAGAAUAGUGAAAGAACUUGUCUGAUUUGACCCAAUCAUAUGGUUUUCAGUUGUCUGUAAUACAGCUCUCUCGGUGUUGUCCAGUUUUGUGAGAAAAAAAUGUACUCAUUUUAUGAAUUUUAAAAAUUGUUCCCCAAGAAAUAUCCUGUAAUUGGAAGUGGCUCUUAUAAAUAUAUCCUGACAAAAAUUAAAACACCAAAUUCAAAGUUGAAAAAUACUUAAAAUUGCUCUUGUAGAAAGUCUUAAUACUUGCUAAUAUUCUGUUGAUACCUGCAUUUUAAAAAAUGAAAUAGAUAAAACGAGGAGUUUUAGGUAACCAUGUAGACAGCUAAAGCUAUUGUCUAGGUGGGAAGACCCAUGUGACCAUAGAUUUCCUGAGGGAAAGCAGGAAGCCUGUUACAGCUCUGCCUUCUGGUCGUUUGUUUGUUAGACAUGUCUGUAAGAGAAGUGGAAGGUUAUGCAACCCAGUCUUUUCAUCCUGGGAGAUGUAUGCUUCCCAAUGAUUCUGACUUUGUUACAGAGUCAAGUAAAUAACACACAAAUAAAGGAGAGUGGCAAGGAAAACUCUUAAGAAAGAAAAGUCAAGACUGCAUUUCAGGUGACUGUGGAAUGUUGAAGACCAGAGAGCACCUGCUCCAACCAAGGACAGCCAUACCUGCUCCUGGAAAGAUGUGUGAUAGGAAAGAGGCAGCCAGAUCUUCUACUCUUCAGCUUUCCAAAAGAAGCCAAAAAAUCCAUCUUCUUUUGUGAAAACUACAAUUUUUGCAUAAAUGAUGACACAAGUAAGGAUUAUGUCAAAGGAUAUCUUCACAUUUAAACUUCUACAAAACCAGGAAGCCUUUUUAAUAGAAAUUUAAAACAUCUCUAAUAAGUUCAUGGUAAUGUAAUGAAUGACUGAAGUAGAUAUAAGGAAGUAAUUGACUGUUUGAUUUAUUUAGCGGUCUACAUGCAUCCAUGUCCAAAGAACAGAUUUAACUACUAAAAUGUGCACCAUGCCCACUGAAUUUGACAAGUCUCAAAGUAUUUCUCAAUCUUUUAGUCAUUUGGGAAUAUCAUUAUCAAGAACACAUUGUCCUAACAUAAUAGUUUGGGUACAGGAAAUAUAUAUGAUAAUAGAUAAGAAUUUACUUAUGUCAUAGAAAUUACAAUAAAAAUAAGUGUUUUCUCAAAGAACAUUGCUACUUGCUUAAACUGCCUUCUUGAUUGUAAUACCUGAGAAAAUAUAUUCAAAUUUAAUUAUUUUCAUAGUCUGAUAUUAUACAACUAAGUAGAUGCUGUAUAAUUUGAAAUUAUUGGUUUUUCUGGUUAUCUUUUUUAUUGGAUAUAUUUUUUCUAUUAUCAAAACUGUAGAACUUACAAAUAAACUAUUUUAAUGUCUUAGCA